AUGGCCACGAAAAUAUGCUCCGAAGUUAUAUAAAAAAAAAUAAAAAUGGGACAGAAGUGUAAGAUAUUAUUAUAGCUUCAUUUGCAAAUGGCAAUGAGCUCAAUUCAUAUGUUGCACGUUUCUUCCUUCCAUUUGUGUUUCCCAAAUUCAUCAAACUUUGAAGUAUCGAAGUUCUCACCACAAUUUAAGCCUCUGAAUGCCAUUCCUCUCAGAGGAGCAAAACACUGCAUUGUUAAAUUUCCUAGAGAAAGAACGAGAACCAGAGCAACCCUUGAUGAUGUUGAAACAGACCAACUUUCCUCAACCCCACUUGUUGAGAACGAGAAACCCGAUAAGGAAGUAGAGGAAAGUGUGAAAGUGUUAAAAAAUGCAGCUAAGACAAGGAAGGUAGCAGCAGAGGAGGUUCUUUCUGCACUGUCUAUCAUUGAGAAGGCAAAACUAGAUCCUUCUGGCUUUCUUGAAACCCUUGGGGGAAAGGAAUCCCCUGGGAGGACCUGGAUGCUAAUUUUUACUGCCGAGAAACAAUUGAAAGGUGGUCGAUAUUUUCCUCUCACAGCUAUUCAGAGGUUUGAUGCUGCUGCAAAGAGGAUCGAAAAUGGAGUAUAUCUUGGACCCAUUGGACAGUUAACAUUUGAAGGCAGACUUUCAUGGAAAAAGAGAAUACUGGCUUUUGUUUUUGAGAACCUUCGAAUAAAAGUUGGACCUUUGAAUCCUCUACAAAUCAGUCUAGGAAAAAAGGAAGACAAGGAACCGAGUACCAAGGAUCCAUUUUUCAUCUGGUUUUAUGUUGAUGAGGAAAUAGCUGUUGCUCGAGGACGGAGUGGAGGAACUGCAUUUUGGUGUCGAUGUCGUCGUGUCAGUAACUGAUUCUUUCUAACUUUCUUCCGUUUCUACUUCUAACUUUGAAUGGAAAGAGUCAUGUAUAUAUGUAAGCACUGAAGUUUAGUUGGACGUAAACAUGUUUGUACUUGUAUUCUGUAUAGUUAUUUGCAUAAAUUCCAGGAAACUAAAAUAUAAUUCGGAUCGAAGUUUGUGAUGUGUUUCACGAUA